CCGUCCCGCCGAGGCCCGUGGCCUGAGGCGGAGCCGAGCGCCAUGCCGGCCGGGCCCGAGCAGCCGCCUCAGCAGCCCGCCGCUGAGGAGGACCGGGAGGACGACGACGACGACGACGACGACGACGAGGAGGAGGACGAGGAAGAAGGGGAGGAGGAGGAAGAGGAGGAGGAGGAGGACGGGGGCGGAGGGGCCGCCCUCACGACGACGCCGCCGCCGCCCCCGCCCCCUCAGACGCGGCAGCGGUUCGACGAGCUGUGCGGCCGCCUCAACAUGGACGGGGCGGCGCGGGCCGAGGCCUGGGACAGCUACCGCGCCAUGAGCCAGAGCUACACCCUCGAGGGAAAUGAUCUUCACUGGUUAGCAUGUGCCUUAUAUGUGGCUUGCAGAAAAUCUGUUCCAACUGUAAGCAGAGGGACAGUUGAAGGGAACUAUGUCUCCUUAACCAGAAUCCUGCGCUGCUCAGAGCAGAGUCUAAUUGAAUUUUUUAACAAGAUGAAGAAGUGGGAAGACAUGGCAAAUCUACCAGAACGCUUCAGAGAACGAACCGAGAGACUUGAGAGAAACUUCACCGUUUCUGCUGUAAUUUUUAAGAAGUUUGAACCCAUUUUUCAGGACAUCUUUAAGUAUCCCCAAGAAGAGCAACCCCGCCCACCAAGAGGAAGAAAACAAAGGCGUCAACCUUGUACAGUCUCUGAAGUUUUCCAGUUUUGCUGGGUGCUCUUUGUAUAUGCAAAAGGCAACUUCCCCAUGAUCAGUGAUGAUCUAGUCAACUCUUACCAUCUUUUGCUGUGUGCUCUGGACCUGGUGUACGGAAAUGCAGUUCAGUGCUCGAAUCGCAGAGAACUUUUGAAUCCUAAUUUUAAAGGCCUGCCUGAAGACUUUCAGAAUAAGGAUUCUAAACCCUCUUCAGAGCCCCCCUGUAUCAUUGAGAAACUCUGCUCCCUCCACGACGGCCUGGUUUUGGAAGCGAAGGGAAUAAAAGAACACUUCUGGAAACCGUACAUCAGGAAGCUUUUUGACAAAAAGCUCUUGAAAGGAAAGGAAGAAAGUCUUACCGGGUUUCUAGAUCCUGGGAACUUUGGAGAUAGUGUGAAAGCCAUCAACAAGGCCUACGAGGAGUAUGUUUUAUCUGUAGGGAAUUUGGAUGAGCGGAUAUUUCUUGGGGAAGAUGCAGAGGAGGAGAUUGGAACCCUCACCAGGUGUCUGAACACCAGUUCCGGAAUGGAGAGUGCUGAAAGAGUGCACGUGAAGUACAGCCUGCAGCAGCAUUUUGAUCGGUCUAAAGUGUUUAGGAUCGCAACUCCUCUCACUGGCCGCAACUACAUAAAGGAGAGCAGUCCGUACGUGACCCCGAUUUCCAUAGCCACGCACAGCUUGAGUCGUCUUCACACCAUGCUGAAGGGCCUCAAGAACGCUCCCAGUGAGAACCUGGAGCAAAUUCUAAGAGCGUGCUCCCGAGAUCCUUCUCAGUCCAUUGCUAACAGACUGAAAGAGAUGUACGAGCUCUAUUGUCAGCACUCCCAGGCAGAUGGGGACUUCGGGAGCUGCGCCAGAGAGAUCGAAAGCAAGCAUUUUCGGCUUGCUGAAGUGCUUUACUACAAGGUGUUGGAAUCCGUCCUGGAGCAAGAACGGAAACGACUGGGGGACACCGAUUUGUCGGGCAUCCUGGAGCAGGACGCCUUCCACCGCUCCCUUCUGGCCUGCUGCCUGGAGAUCAUCACUUUCUCUUACAAGCCUCCCGGGAACUUUCCCCUGAUCACUGAAAUCUUCGACGUGCCCCUCUAUCAUUUUUACAAGGUGAUAGAAGUGUUCAUUAGGGCCGAAGACGGCCUUUGCAGAGAGGUGGUCAAGCACCUUAAUCAUAUCGAGGAGCAGAUCUUGGACCACAUGGCGUGGAAGCCAGACUCCCCGCUGUGGGACAGGAUCCGAGACAAUGAGAACAAGGUUCCCACCUGUGAAGAGGUCAUGCCGCCCCAGAACCUGGAGAGAGGUGAUGGCGGGAAUAUGGCCGGCUCCCCUAUGACCCCCAGAAGGGUCAGCGAAGUGCGUGCUGAAACCGGAGGUCCUGGGAGAACUCUGCCAGGUUCUCCGACCGGCCUGUACGAACGAUACAGUUCCCCGGCAGCCAGCGCUACCAGGAGGCGACUGUUUGCAGACAACGACAGCCCCUCGGAAGCCGCGCCGCCCGGCAGGGCCCCCCCCCAGACCUUGGUCGGCCCCACGGCGGCCGAGUCCGUGUCGGUUGCCCCGGUCGCCCCGGUCCCCGGCCAGACCCUGGUCACCAUGGCAACCGCCACGGUGACGGCCAAUAACGGACAGACGGUGACGAUCCCCGUUCAAGGCAUCGCCAACGAGAACGGCGGCAUCACGUUCUUCCCGGUCCAAGUCAACGUCGGGGGCCAGGCCCCGGCCGUGGCGGGGUCGGUGCCGCCCCUCAGUGCCCAGGCCCUGGCCGGGACCCUCAGCCCCCAGCAGAUGUCCGGCACCCCCUUGCAGGUCCCGGGCCAGGUGGCCAUUCAGCCCCUGUCCCCCUGUGGCCAGCAGCGGAGGCAGGGCCAGGCUUCUGCCGCCGCCGCCGGCCUCAGGCCUAGGAAGACCAGCUCCUUGUCGCUCUUCUUCCGGAAGGUCUACCACCUGGCCAGCGUCCGCCUCCGCGACCUCUGCGCCAAGCUGGAGAUCUCGGACGAGCUGAGGAAAAAGAUCUGGACCUGCUUCGAGUUUUCCGUGGUUCAGUACCCGGAGCUCAUGCGGGACCGCCAUCUGGACCAGCUGUUGAUGUGUGCCAUCUACGUGAUGGCCAAGGUCACCAAAGACGACAAAUCCUUCCAGAACAUCAUGCGCUGCUAUCGGACUCAGCCCCAGGCCCGGAGCCAGGUGUACCGCAGCGUCCUCAUAAAGGGAAGACGCCGCAGGAGAAAUUCCGGCAGCAGCGACAGCCGAAGCCACCAGAAUUCGCCCACCGAGCUGAGCAAGGAAAGGGCCAGCAGAGACUCGAGCCCGGUGAUGCGGUCCAGCAGCACCCUGCCCGUGCCCCAGCCCAACAGCGCGCCCCCGACACCCACCCGCCUCACCGGCCCCAACAGCGACAUCGAGGAGGAAGAGAGGGGCGACCUCAUCCAGUUCUACAACAACAUCUACAUAGAACAGAUCAGGACCUUUGCCCUGAAAUACUCUCAGGCCAACUCGGCCGAGGCGCCUCCGCUGUCCCCCUUCCCGUUUGUGCGGACCGGCUCUCCCCGCCGCAUCCAGCUGUCCCAGAACCACUCGGUCUACAUCUCCCCGCACAAGAACGAAUCCAUGCUGUCUCCGCGGGAGAAGAUCUUCUACUACUUCAGCAGCAGCCCCUCCAAGAGGCUGAGAGAGAUCAACAGCAUGAUCAGGACGGGGGAGACGCCCACAAAGAAGCGAGGCAUUCUGCUGGAGGACGGGAGCGAGUCGCCCGCCAAGAGGCUCUGCCCGGAAAACCACACCGCUUUACUGCGCCGUCUCCAGGACGUGGCGAACGACCGGGGGUGCCAUUAAGGGCUGCACCGAGCCGGGCUUCACCCAAGACAGGCCAGAGACAUGGAGACUUUUGCCGUGUUGCUCUUCCGGCUUCUUCUAGGCACA